AUGACCGAGUCGGGCCAAAAAAGAGCUUCCUCGCCCUCUGGCGCCCCACCACUGCCCGUUUCCAAAACGAGACCUCCCCGUGGCGCCAAAAAGCAAAGAGACGACCAUGGCUUCAAGAUGAAGCAGCAGGCCAUAGAUAAGGACGUGCUUUCGUCUGAAGCACAGCCUGGGAAGACGAUUUUCGAGGAGGAAACCGAAGGUGCUUCUUAUAUCAUUGAAGGUCCGCUUCGAAGAACAACGCCCUACUACUUCACCUACUUGACGUAUUGCAAGCAGAGAUGGAGAGACAGGAAGAUCUUGGAUGUGUUCCUAGACGAGUUUCGGGAGAAGGACGGGGACAUUUACCGGAAAGCCAUUGCUUCUGGACAAGUUACAAUCAACAAGAAACCCACGACGUUGGACUCGGUGGUGAAGAAUGGUGACCUUAUAUCGCAUCGGUGUCACCGCCACGAACCGGCUGUUUCGCUGAGACCGAUAAAAAUUGUGUUUGAGGAUGAUAAUGUCAUUGCUAUAGAUAAGCCUUCGGGGAUUCCCGUGCAUCCAACGGGACGGUACCGUUACAACACCAUCACCAAAAUCUUCCAGCAUGAGUAUGGCAAAACCGUACAUCCCUGUAACAGACUAGACAGAUUAACACUGGGGCUCAUGUUUUUGGGGAAGAACGCCAAGGGCGCUGAUUUUUUUGUCAAGCAGAUUAGGGAAAGAAACGUCAGAAAGGAGUACAUUGCCAGGGUUAAGGGCAGGUUUCCAGUGGAGCCUGUGCUGGUGGACCAGCCUCUUUAUACUGCUUCUCCCAAACACGCAUUGAACGUGGUGGACCACGAAAACGGCAAACCAGCAGUGACUGAGUUUAAGAGGGUAUCGUAUGAUCCAGCUUCGAACACGUCUAUUGUCAAGUGCCAUCCUUUGACAGGAAGAACUCACCAGAUCAGGGUACAUCUCCAGUAUAUAGGGCAUCCCAUUGCCAAUGACCCGAUCUAUUCAAGUGGGUAUGUUUGGGGUAGUGAUGACUUGGGCAAGGGCAAUGAAGGAUGUCCAGAAGAGGUGGUUGCAAGCGUGCUCUACAUGGUUUCAUCCCAGGAAGAUGGUGAAAUUCUAUCAAAGGAUCAGUGCUCCGAGUGUGAAAUGCCUCUUCACACCGACCCGGGGCCAAACGAUUUGGAUCUUUGGCUCCAUGCUUAUAAAUAUGAGGCGUCCGACAAGCUGUGGUCUUACACGGCCGACUACCCUGACUGGGCUAUCAAUCCCCACCGCAAGUUCAUGGAACUUGCCAUUGAGCAAGCAAAGAAAUGCGGCGAGACACAGACACAGUUCAAUGUUGGAGCCGUUUUGGUGUUAGACGGGGAGGUUCUUGCAACAGGUCACUCUAGAGAGUUACCUGGUAACACCCAUGCUGAGCAGUGUGCGUUGGAGAAGUACUUCAAAGAAAACAACACAACAGAUGUGCCUAAGGGCACUGAGUUAUUCACCACCAUGGAGCCCUGCUCCUUUAGGUUGAGUGGUAACUUGCCCUGCGUGGACAGAAUAUUAGCAACCAGUAUCAAGACAUGUUUUGUCGGCAUCCUUGAACCUGAUACGUUUGUCCAGAACAACACUGGCAAAGCCAAGUUAACCGAAGCUGAGGUGGAGUACAUUCAUAUCCCUGGCUACGAGGACGAGUGCCUCGAAAUCGCAAAGUUGGGACACGACAAGAAAGUUUAG